ACUGUCAUAAAGCAUGUUUCAAGAAAUAAAAAUGGCUACUAAUAAAUUUCUGUUCGUUUGAACUUUGAAAGCACAAUAUUCAUUUAGGGAUUUAUCAUUUAAUUCUAAAGUCAUUUUAUGAAAUAUUCGUGUGAAAGUGAUUAAUAGUUAACGAUGGCUGAUGCUGCGUUGGGAAACCGACCCUCGGUUCGCUAUUUUUGCCACAGAUGUAACAUUUAUAUGUUUGAAGAUAUUGUGGAGAACUACACAUGUCCAUUUUGUGAAAGUGGAUUCCUUGAGAAGCUGGAAAAUGGAGCAGAUAGACCUUCACAGCAGAGUCAAACAUUUAGUGAUGCCAACAUGAGUAACACCAAUGAUGCUAAUAAUAGGGGCAAUACUAAUCGCCGAGGAUUUACAUUAAAUAAUGUGCCGAACAUUCUACAAGAUGUGGUGUUCCUGAUGUCAGGGAAUCGGUUAAGUGAAGCCACUAGACAUCGUCUUAGGAAUGAGGUGCGUUCGUCAAUGUUGAGUCGUCGCCACGGCAAUCGACCACCAGGAGCCAGAACUUUAGGAUUUUUGAGAUCACCAGGAGACUAUGUGUUCGGAGGAGAAGCUCUGGAUGCAGUGGUGACCCAACUCAUGGGUCAGCUGGAGUACUCAGGUGCUCCACCGAUGCCUAGAGAUAUCCUCAGUGCCAUCCCCAGUGAACCUGUCACCGAGGAACAGGCAGCCGCCAACAUGUCUUGCUCUGUUUGCUGGGAUAACUUCCUGUUAGGUGAAAUGGUGUCCCGCCUAGAGUGUGAGCACAUAUUCCACUCGAGCUGCAUAAACCCGUGGCUAGAGCUCCACGCCACGUGCCCCGUGUGCCGGUGCUCUCUGCUGCCGGCCAAUCACCGCCCAGAGCCACGAGGGCCUGCUCCCGCAUCCGACGGCUCCACCACCACCACCUCCAGCUCUAACACCACUACCAAUACCACCACUCACGCUCGUCCGCCGCGACACCUGACCUUUAUAUCCCCCCGCGUAGUUAUUCAUCGUUCGACACACCCGAUGUUCCGUCGGGGGUUCCACACCCACACUUGGGAUUCCCCACGCGAUAUGAGCACUUCUUCCGAUUCUAGUGCUUCUGUGACUUCAGACGGUCGGUGGGCACCUCAGACCCAGUCUGAUACCAGCACCGACUCUUCGUCGUCCGUUAAUAGAACGCAAAAUUACCACACCGAUUUCGACUGCGAUUAAGGGUACAAAUUACCUUUUGUUUAAUGUUAAUAAAUACGUUUUGACAGGUGUCUUACUUGGCACUUAGAUUUACUCUUGACAGUCGAAUGACGUUGACGUUUGCUUUUGGCACAUGAAACAUUUUUCAAAUUUGUACAGUAAUAAUCUGUGUUGCUUCUUUUCGUAAUGGUUUUCCAAAAAGCCACUUGUUGAGACAAACUUGUAUUUCAAGUGGUGUGAUUCACCUGUCAAUGCGAAUAUUACCUUUAAUUUAUUAAACCUAUAGGCUAUAGUUAAAACACAUCACACUCAGAGACGAUCGUUAAUGGGAUUAACUUUUGUCUCAUUCCCCUUCAUGUCUGUCUAUGACUCUCGGGGUUCUAAUUUUUUGCCAUUAUAAAUAUGUGAGGCAACAAUAUAUCACAUAAUGUUGCAUAAAUGUAUUGUGCUUUUAAAGAUGUCCCUUAAAUUACUUUAAAGCGAACUUUUUUAUUGUUGAAAUAUUUUGUUAUGCAUGCCUUCAACUUACUAUUUAUCCAUAUAUAUCUUUUAAAAAAUCUAAUUAUGAACUCUUUGAAUGAAAAAUUUGUUAUGAAAUGCGACCUAAUUCAUAUUUUAAUUUAAUGUAUUUUAAAUGUAAAUAUGUAUUUGUAAGAAAUAUUAGAUCAUAAACUUAAAGUUUUCUGAUAUUCUAUAAUGGAUUGUUUAUAGCUCGGUUUUUAGGUUUUUUAAGGGUUUUAUUUUGUAAAGGUAAAUCGAUAGCUGAUGUAUGCAACGCACUUGUUUCAGUCAUACCAUUAUUUAUUUUCAGACAUAUGUUGCCAGAAUAAUUACCAAAUUACUGGCAACACUGAAGGUUCUAUAUUAAGUUCCUAUAUUGUUUUUAAACUAUUAUGGUUUUUCAAUUUGUAGAUAUAUUCCUGAUUAAAAACAUAUAUGUGAGGUGCCGUUUUAUUAAUUUGAAUGUUUGGAUGAAAGAAUUUAAUGCAUUUCAAAUUUUAGAUCUAGAUGUAAGUUUAUGCCAAAGACUGAUAGAGGUAAAAUUUGAAAUUGUAUAUUUAGGUGUGUAAAGGUCUACUUUCUUAGACAAUACAGAAAUUUGAGCCCAAAAAUAAAUAUAGUUUUGGGCUAAAAUGUUGUUGACUUUUUAUACAAGUAGAUGAAAAUAUAUAUUAUGGUUAAUUUGUGGAAAUUGGACAUUAUUCAGACGAUGUAUCUUACAAUAUACAAAGGUUAUUUACUUCUUGCAUGUUAUAUUCAAAACCAUAUGUAUACCUACAGAUAUUUGUUCCUAUUUCAUUUAUAUGUAAAAUAGGAUUAAAUACAUGCGUAUGUAAAUUGAUAAGUAAUUUAAAUGAAAUACUGGUUUGAUUUUAGCAUGUAUUUAAUCAUGAUACUGUAAUAUAUAUUAAUACAUUUGGGAUGAAUAUAACUGCUAUAUGCAGUAUAGCCACUGUUAAAUGUCUAAUUUGAUUCCAUGCUUAUUACAAUAUGUUUGUACAAAAUUAAUUGUUAUUUCGAGUGGAAAUGUCAAAAACAGAACGAGUGUUUUUAAAUAAAUGCGCAACGAA